ACUGGAGGAGAUCACAACUUGUCAGCGGAGGUUCUUGCUUGGUUGCCGUCGGAGCACGACCCGCAGAAGGAUGCUAAAUUGACCCACAAGAUCGCGAGUCAUCAAACCGAGGCUAAAAAAACAAAACGGAUCCAACUUCAAACUUUGAAUGCUUUCAUAUCAUUUUAAAGACUGACUUUUAAAUUUUUGCUAUUGCAGUUGGGUUUUGCUUGCCAGCCAUGCUCAGAUUAAGAGCGACCCGUGCCCUUCUUCUGUGCGCUUUCCUCCGGUUGCUCUCCGGGAUCGGCGGACAGGCGCCGAACUGCCAGGAGGUUCGUGCUGUGUUUCAGACUCUGCACCCGGGAUCCAAGUGGGUGCCCGAAACUGCCGUGUCAGGUUCUGAUCUGCAGGUUUGCCAAACCAAAGGUCUUGCCUGCUGUUCCAAAAAGAUGGAGGAGCGAUAUCAGGUAGAUGCUCGCAACAACAUGGAGUCCAGCCUGCAAGUUGUCAGUACUCAACUCAAACGUAUCAUCAUCCAGAACGCUGCCAUUUUCCAAGAGGCCUUUGACUUGGUGCUGCGUCAUGGUCGGAAUGCUACCUUAUCCAUGCUCAAGUCGGAGUUCCCCGCUCUUGGAGGUGGGGCACAGAGCUCUGUCGGGCAGCUCUUCCUGGACAUGUCGCUUUACAUUCUGGGCUCAGACUCCACAGUGGAUCACAUGGUGGCAGUGAUCUAUGGCCGCCUCUUUCACAUGACAUAUCGCCGCCUGCUUGGGGGCAGCGGGUCUGUGUCUGAGGAGUGUGUGAGAAAGGCCUGGAAGGACUCAGUAGCCUUUGGACCUUAUCCCAAACUGAUGAUGACACGUCUCUCCCGCUCCCUCCUUGCGACGCGAGUAUUUCUUCAGGCGUUGAACCUGGGCAUCGAGGUUGUUAAUACCACUGACCACCUGCGACCCAGUCGGGACUGCGGCCGAGCCUUGAUGAGACUGUGGUACUGCCCCCACUGCCAGGGCUUGCUGGGGCCGCCAGUCUGUCGAGGUUUCUGCCAAACGGUGAUGCACGGCUGCCUGGGGGGAGCGGCCGAGGUGCAGCCUCAUUGGAAGACCUACGUGGACGGCUUGGGGAAGUUGGCGGCGGCCAUGAGCGGCGAGCGGGACAUGGAGGCCGUUGUCCUCAGACUGCCGGCUAUGAUCAAACUGGCUCUUAAACACGCAGUAAAUUCUCGCAACCGUCUCAGUAGCGUGGUGAACGGGAUGUGUGGACAAUCCCCACAGAGGUCCACCCGCUCUGCCGUAUCCCCUCUUUUCCAGCAUCCCGCUGCCUCUGUGGCCCGCAACACUCGGCCAUCACCCUCAGAUCCUGAUGAGACCUUAGGGGGGCUCCGCAGGGAGUUCAUUUCCAAUCUGAGGGAAUUCAGCUCCUUCUACAGUGGUCUCGGGGAGUCUCUGUGCAGCCGAGAGCCCGCUCCAGCAAACCACUCUCUCUGCUGGAAUGGGCAAGAAAUGACAGACAGGUUUUUGGGGCCCAGUCUGAAGCGAUCACACUCAGGUUCUGAAUCCCGAAGCAACAAGCCCCUUGAGCCUGUCAUCAGUCAGAUGAUUGACAAACUCAAGCACAUCAACCAGUUGCUGCGGCAUGUAACGGUAUCCGAAAAGCGCUGGAGAGCCCGGACACGUGCAGGUGGGGUGGAUGGAUGGAGCGAUGAAGGCGACGAGGGAUUUCAGAGCGGUGACUGUGACGAUGAGGACGAGUGCGCUGGCGUGUCUGGCUUGGGACCACCACCACGACGCAAACGGUUACGUGUCUUUGCAGACCUCGCAGAUAACCUGGCAAUGGAAGACUUCACCUUCCAGGAGCAGCUUUUGACCCCUCGGUUGGCCACAGCUGGGGUUGGAGACAUCCCUUCACCUGGGACUGCACUGCAGAGCGUCUACCUGGUCAUGACAGUCCCUGUCACUCUGUGUUUCCUUCUUGUGUGCCAGCACUGACCGUCUGCCAUGUGCACACAAUGCAAACUAUGUAGAACAAGAAAAACUCUUUUAAACUUAUUGUUCCAGAGGCAUGGUUCAGAGACGAUCUAACAAAGCAGACAAUGCUCCAUUCUCUUCAACUUUGGAUAGUUUUUUUUUAAGCACACCUGAUAAACUUAUGAUAUUAUGUAAAUAAGAAACGGAUUUUUUCUGCCUGUCCCGUGAUUACCAAAUGAGAGUCAUGCAGCAUCCGCACUCUGUUUUUGACGUCUAAGCCGCCCUUAUUACUGAGCAUUGUCACUGAUUGGCAAGUGGAGAUGAGAAGUCUGGGGACCUUUUUAAAAUGCUCCCUGUCCUUGUGUCCACUGAAUUACUGCGUUGCAGGCACUAGAUGUUACCCAUGGAAGUGAAUGACCCUGUGUCUUGACAGGUAAAACCCCACUUAUAUUACUGUGUAAUGACACACUGUUAUCAAAUGCCAUAAAAAUGUCUCAUAUAUUUCUCUCUUGUUGUUUAUGUCCUAGAGAUAGCCAAAUAAUUUCAGACUGGUUGCUCUUACUGGCCCGUUAAAAGAGAGUCAAGGCCUGACAUUAUAUGUACAGUAUGUCUCCUGCAACAAACAGUGCUGUGUAAGUUUCUCUUUGUUGGUUCCAUGUUUACAAAAUAUGUUCAUUUUCUAUAUUAACAUAUUUCAUACUGUAGGCUACAAUUUGACUGUAAAACACCAAUAAAAAAUAUAUAUUAACGGUAUUUAAUAUCCUGUGUUAAGAUGUAAUUGUACAUAAAUAUUUACAUGUGUAAUAUGUGUGAACAUUAAUUACCUCCACCAAGCACAAAGUGCAAGAGGGGAGGUCAUUUUUUUUAAAUGACUUUUUGGCUGUAGAUUUUGGUAUAUCGACUUGGAUGUUUGUUGAUGGGUAAAUGUUCUUAUCCCCAUUUAAUUUUGCUGACAAUUUACACAUUGACGACGUAAAUAAUUAUAACCAUUUAAAAUAUCCCUAUUGUUUACAAAAGACUAACCUUUCAAAAUUGAUAUUCAAAUUUUGUCACAUCUGAACAGUCAUGGGUAAGGUGCCCUGGGCCUUCAAGAGAUACACGUUUCCUGUUACACUGAAGUAGAAACGUAGACAUAUAUUGCUGGCGUCAGGCAGAAUCCUUGUGAAGGAAUUUCCAAAACCAUUACUUUCCAGGAAACAAAUACAGAAACACACAUUUGUUGAGCCAUUAACACUGUAUCAUCAAAGAGACCAAGCCAUUGUCAACACUUGAUUAGUCGAUAAUUUGUAAAAAAUAAAUAAAUAAAUAAAUAAUUUAAAAAAUGGCAGACCCACAUCGGUAUUGACCAAUCUUAUAAAUUUUUGAAAAAAAUACGACAUUGACCAAAGUUGGACAUAAGAGGUUUUGGGCUGACGCCAGCAAAUGUAGUACUUAUGUCUUGAGCGCUGAAUCGCACCAAACUAGGUUAUGUAUUUUUUAGUGUUUUCAAAAAAGUGUUUACAGCUACCAAUGUAUGUAACACUUUUACUGUGAAAAUAAAUAUUAAUAUUCAACAUUUUUCUGCCUGUAGAUGUGAAUGUGAUGUGUGGGUUCUCUGAAUAAAUAGCAGACGUUUAUAUUUAACUGAUUCUGAUUAAUAAUUUUGUAUUCACUGAUUUAUACUAAUUUAACAACUAAUAAUGGUAAUAACAAGAGAACAUUAUUUCUUUGUUAUUCAUUGAUAGUAUUUAUUAAGUCAAAAAAUUCUGACAUUAUUAUGAUGGCCACUUACAGUCAAAGAAAUUGUUCAAUUUUACCUGUGAAUGGUAAACCCAUGAGAUCGGGUUUUGACUGUAAAAUGCUUGGUACAUCUCCAAGGAGCACAUCAAUGAGGCAUCUUCUCCGAUCACUCCAAUUUUCCACAGCCAAUAUGGCGGCGCCAUCAACAUCAACGUACGAUUUAGCGCUCAAUAAGGUGUCUACGCAUUUGUACGUAUGUUGAAAGCAAUGAACGUCCUUGAUGUCAUCAGCAGCACUGGUACUGGAGUGGAGUACCCUGCUAAUGUCAGCACAACAUAGCAAAAUGUGAGCACAAGAGUCUUAGCUAUUCACUUUCACUUGCCGCAGCUGUUUUAUGCACUCUCUGAACAACUGUUUCCAGUGUAUGUUUCGUAUAUAAAUAUUUUUAGUUGAAUGUUUUUUUUUAAAUUGAAAGCCUUGGUUAGAUUUCUUUUUUUUUGGUAUUAAAUAUGGAAUCCAGCUGCCUCCAGCCGUCUUUCAAAUGUGUGAAGACUUGCACUAUAAAAUUGCUGGCACACAAAUGACUUCAGAAUGCAUGGACUAGACUGACAACACCUAACAAAAGUGGUUCUCGUUCAUGUCAGCACGCAGUAAGUCAGUGAGCUGCAACUAAAAGUUGCAUCACUAUCGUGUGUUUGACUUUAGAGACUGUGUCUAAACGGUUUCUACACUUCUACAUUAAUCUGCAUUUUGAAACACGAAUGGGGAAAAGUGCCAUUUAAUUUCAAUGAAUGUAUUUAAAAUGAAUAAUGAAUGAUUUAACAUGUAUGUACAUGUAUGUCUAAUGUGAAU